GUUUUGUGAACUUCCGGUUGAAUUUUAAAAUUUUCCUAAACUUUUCAAAAGCUUAUUUAGAACAAGAAAUAGCCUAAAAGUGGGUCAAAGGUAUAACUCUCCAAUUUCUGAGAUAUCAAGUCCAUAAGUAUGGAGUCCAUGCCCCCACCUGCUAAACGCAGAAAGAAAAAAUCUUCAAGCGGAGAUAAGGGACACGAGGCAACAUUAACUCUCACAUGUGAAUGGUCAGAUUGUGAAGAUGUAUACAAUGAUGUAGGGCAAAUGAUAGAGCAUUGUAAACAACACUUGGAACUUUUGCUGACUGGCUUUGAAAAUGAGAAUGAAGCUGAAAUGACUCUAAAAUGUCAGUGGCAGGGAUGUGGAUUUGAAACACAUAUUCCAACUUCUGCAGUUGCAGACAUGAAUCGCCACUUCUUCUUUCAUUGUUUUCACACCAAACUCAAGUGCUUAGGAAUGCUGAUGGUGCUUCAGAAAAAUCUUCAGGGAUGCUUGUUAGAUCCUCAAAGUCGCAACAUGAUUCCAGAGCUGCCGGAAGAACUUCAGUGUGGCUGGAGAAAUUGUGGGAUUGUGAUUGAGAAUCCAGAAUACUUCUACCGGCAUGUGGAACAGCAUUGCAAUAUAUACGAUGGAGGCAAUCACUUACCUGUUGAUGCCGCUUGCCUUUGGGAAGGUUGCGCAUGUACAUUUAAAAGUAGACACAAAUUGAAGGAUCACCUUAGAAGUCACACACAAGAGAAACUAGUGGCCUGCCCUACUUGUGGAGGACUUUUCUCAAACAGAACAAAGUUUAUUGAUCAUUUGAAAAGGCAAGCUGAUAUGGAAACUCAAAAGUUUCAGUGUUCACAUUGCAACAAGAUGUAUCCAAGCGAGCGUUUGUUACGUGACCAUAUGAGACAUCAUGUGAACCACUACAAGUGUAUGUACUGUGACAUGACGUGUCCAUCCCCCUCUGGCCUGAGAACACACAUCCAUUAUAGACACACCUCUUAUAAGACAGAUCAGUGUCCUUAUUGUGAACACAGCUCCAAAUGUGCCAGUGAUCUACGUAAGCAUAUAGAGCAACACUCAGAAGAGCCUGGCUAUGUUUGUCACGUAGAAGGUUGCGACUACAAGGCUAGAAGCUACUCAGCCCUCUCAAACCACUUCAAGACAAAGCAUGCGGAACUUUGCAAUAUCAAGUAUGGCUGCCAUCUAUGUGACCAAUCUGUGUCAAGUGGAACAAAGUUAACCUAUCAUCUGAAGACCAAACAUAACUUUAAGUGGCCAUCUGGGCAUAGAAGAUUCAGGUAUAAGCUGGAUGAGGAUGGAGUUCAUCGCCUACAAACUGUCAGGUAUGAAAGUGUGGAACUCUCAGAACAAUUAGAGCGAGAGGCAAAUUCCACUAUAGCUACUUACGCUCAAACCCAAGGUCAAGGUCAAAUACAAACCUCAGAGGAUGAGAAUUGGUCGAGAGCAAGAAGACCUAAAGCAUCAAAAUCAUCCAACCGUAAGAAAUCUCAAAUUGGCCACAUGAUCGAUAAACAUUGUAAAACCAAUGGAGCUAAGAAUGGAGACAAUCUUGAUGAAUUUGGAAGAGAUGUUAUCGAUGGGAUUGUUGAGAAUAGUGGUGAUUCUGCUCAUGGUUCUGACACAUCUGGCAAUUCAUCCGGCAAAACUAAAGAGGAUGCAUCUGGCAAAGACUUGUAUAAUCUAGAAAUGUUAGGGGAGGUCGCCUUGAAAACGGGACAUACACCAAUUGGUAAAGCUCGUGAAAAACUAGGCAAACUUCUGACAUCAAGUCCACAAAAUGGGCAAUUGAAUACCCCCGGGAGACCAAAUCCAGAUACCCCUCAUGUAAGAAGACUGAUGCAAAGUCCAGAGAAGAUGCUUUGGGACAGCCCACUACUCGAAGAGCCGGAUGAAUUUGGUUAUCCCCCAAUGUCUCAUUCACCAACUAGUGUGGUGAACAUCAGUCUCUCAGAACUAGACAAUGGGUUGUACUCCAAGUUAAAUCAAGUGCUUGAUUCAGCUCAAAAAUAUAAUGAAUCUCACAAACAAGGGACAGUGAAGUCGCUUUUCAAAUCAUUCGAAACGGGAGGGCCACAAAAUACUCCGACAAUAUCCCAGAGUCGACCAAACAGUUUACCAAGUGUUAGAUCAAUGUUGUCAAACAACACAUUUAAUCCACCAAAGAUAACAUCAUUAUUGAAAACAACUACCUCAAAUAUGACACCACUUUCAACAAAUAUGACAUCAUUAUUGAAAGUUUCCCCAACAAGUGCGACGUCCAAAUUACCAAAUAUGACAUCAUUAUUAAAAAGUGCCCCUCUAAAUGUGUUACAGCAGCACGAAGUUAAACAACAAACAGCGCAAUCUAGUCAAAACAGUCUUCUUAAUAUGACAUUUCCGUCUACAAAUAGGACAUCAUCAUUGAAAGAUUCCUCGACAAGUGUGACAUCCAAAUUACCAAAUAUGACAUCAUUAUUAAAAAGUGCCCCUAUGAAUGCAUUUCCCCAGAGUGAAAUUGGGCAGCAAAGUGUUACUACAGCGCAAACUCGACCAAACAGUCUCCCAAAUAUGACAUCACUAUUACAAGCUGCACCAUUGAACAUUGCUCGACCAGAUGACACAACUUUUGUCACAGGUUCUACAAUGAAUGCAGGAGGCUCAAACUCUGCUAGGUUGAUCGCCCCCAGCCAAUUGUGA